AUGAGUGCCGCAGCCGGUCAAGAUGCGAAGUUCUUCGCCAGGGGCAAGGUUGCGGAGCUCAAGCUGGAGCUCAGUUCCACCGGCGGCAAGAAGGACAAGAACUUCCUCACCAAGAAGAUUGCCCUCAAGAAGAUUGUUGCCAACAUGACGAUGAGCAACAACGAUAUGGUUGCGCUCUUUGCCGAUAUUGUGGCCUGCAUGGGCAUACCGAACCUCGAGAUCAAGAAGAUGUGCUUCCUGUACUUGGUCAACUACGCGCGCAUGAAGCCGGAGAUCGCCUUGAAAGCGCUUCCCAUACUGGUUCAAGAUCUGGAGGAUCCGAAUCCAUUGAUGAGAGCUCUGGCACUUCGGACACUGUCCUACGUCCACGUGCGACAAUUCGUGGAAGCGACGGUAGAGCCGUUGAAGCACCUGCUAAAGGAUGCGGAUCCAUAUGUGCGAAAGACGGCAGCAUUUACAGUGGCCAAGAUCUAUGACCACGACAGACAUUUAGUCGAGCGCAGCGACUUGAUCGAUCGACUGAACCUCAUGCUGCGAGACGAGAAUCCGACAGUGGUCGCUUCCUCGCUUGCAGCGUUGAUGGACAUUUGGGAGAGAAGUGAGAGCAUCAAGCUGACAAUCGACUACGCGAAUGCCAGCAAGAUAGUGCAGAUCCUGCCCGAUUGUUCAGAAUGGGGACAAACAUACAUCCUCGAAGCAUUGACAUCCUACAUCCCUCAAGAUACCCAAGAAGCCGCAAUCCUGGCCGAAAGAAUCGCUCCACGACUAUCACAUACUAAUUCCGCCGUCGUAUUGACGUGCAUACGAGUCAUCCUAUACCUAAUGAACUACAUCGAUGACGACCGAUUGAUCGCGAAUUUAUGUUACAAGCUCAGCCCGCCGCUGGUCACGCUACUGAGCAAAGGCCCAGAGAUUCAAUAUCUGGCAUUACGAAAUGCCCUACUAAUCCUACAACGCCGACCUGAAGUACUGCGGAACGACAUUCGAGUCUUCUUCUGCAAAUAUAAUGAUCCAAUCUACGUCAAAGUGACGAAAUUGGAGCUCAUAUUCAUGCUGGCCAACGAGAGAAACAUCCGCGAAGUGCUCACAGAGCUGCGAGAGUACGCCACCGAGAUCGACGUGCAUUUCGUGCGAAAGUCCGUCCGAGCGAUCGGAAAACUUGCGAUCAAGAUUGAGCCCGCUGCGAAGCUCUGCAUCUCGACACUGCUGGACUUGGUUGCCACAAAGGUCUCAUAUAUCGUACAGGAAGCGACAGUGGUGAUCAAGAACAUAUUCCGAAAGUACCCGAACCAAUACGAAUCCAUCAUCUCGACACUGUGCGAGAACCUUGACUCGCUGGACGAGCCAGAAGCAAAGGCAGCCAUGAUCUGGGUCAUUGGGCAGUACGCGGAUCGAAUUGAGAACUCGGAGGUACUACUCGAGGACUUCCUGGACAGCUGGCCAGAUGAGACACAUGAGGUUCAACUUGCACUUCUCACAGCAACAGUCAAGCUGUUUAUACAACGACCAACCAAAGGCCAGGAACUUGUGCCCAAGGUACUCAAAUGGGCUACUGAAGAGACAGAUAAUCCUGAUCUGAGAGAUCGGGGGUACAUGUACUGGCGACUAUUGAGCAGCAACCCCACCGCUGCCAAAAGCAUCGUGAUGGGCGAGAAGCCCGCCAUUACUGCCGAAAGUGAGAAGCUCGAUCCGAUCACGCUCGAAGAGAUGUGUUUGGUAGUGGGAACGCUGGCCACGGUCUACCUGAAGCCUGUCCAAACAGUCUUCAGAUCCGCUCGACCGCGCAAGCUACAAGACAGUCCAGCGCUGCAACGCGAGAAACUACCUUCAUGGCAAGCUGCGCAGGCCGCAAGAUCGCUCGCAGUUGAGAAUGCGCAGAAUGGACAAGGACAAAAUCCCGAUGUCCUCGAUGAGGCAGAUGCAUACUUUGCCAGUGUCGGGUCGCAAGGCAUCGCAAACGAUGGCUUUGCUUCGAGUCCGAAUCAUACGGGCAUGGUCGACGGCAGCCAGAUGUAUCAAGUCAAUGCCGGCUCGGGACUUGGUACAGCACGACCUAUGAUGCAUGUGCAGAAUGGUGAAGGGGACUUGCUGAGCUUUUAG